UUAGUUUAAAAUGUAAUGUUUUUUAGGCAUCAUCAUAAAGGUAAUGCUAAAACACACACCCAACACAGCAACGAAAAGAGACUUGUAGAAAUUCUUUUGGAAGACUUGGUUGAACACAGAGAGGCGAUGCAAGCCGACACACCACAAACCAAUACCGAUAGAAGCGUAAUGUGGCUUCUACGACGCCUCUCUGGUAACAUCGAGUCCGAUAAUCGGGUUCUGCGGGCUUCUGACAAUCUCGAACGCGGCGUGAGAAAUCUUGGAGCUGAGGCUUGGCUUACCCAACAAAAAGCUAUUGAACGAAAACAAACUAAAAAAAGAGAGCAAGCGCGACAAAUGGUGCAAAUUGUAACUCAACUAAAUGGAAGUCGAAAGAAAACAAGAAAUCAAAUCAACUUCGACCGCUGCUUUACCUCUGCAGUUUUAAGAGGCGUCCCUACACUAACGGCUAAGCAAACGUGUGAACGCCGUUCCUGAAACAAAAAUUGUUCGGUUAAACUGACAACGAAAAUCAAGGGUGUAUAUCGCCCCCUGUGGUAAAAGUUCAUGGCACACUCUUCUCCAUUUAGCGCAUCAAUGCAAUUUGACUUUUCUACCCGAUGUGAUACCGCUCACUAAAUCGGCAAUACGUUUUUCAGACGAUUUUCUGCCGACCUUGCCCGUAUCCGUUUUUACUUUAUUAUUUCAAAAGUUUUGAUUAGUUUUUUUAUAUUCCGCAAAUGUACUUUUGCUCUAAAAUAUUUUCGCCUUUAUUUCCUAUUUAUCGUGCGUAUUUUUGAUAUGUUCUGUAUUUUUGUUCCUGCACGCUUUGUAUUUAUAAUUUAUUUAUUUGUAGCUGCGACGAAAAUAAAAUAUAAAUAAACGC